UUGUAUUCCAGCUGUGUUUCAUUAUAAACAAACGCUUGGAUAUUCAUUAUUUAUUAAAAUGAGGGAGUGUAUUUCAGUUCAUAUUGGUCAGGCCGGCGUUCAGAUCGGUAAUGCAUGUUGGGAGCUAUACUGCUUAGAGCAUGGUAUUCAGCCUGAUGGGCAUAUGCCUUCGGACAAAACUGUUGGUGGUGGUGAUGAUUCUUUCAAUACAUUCUUCAGCGAGACUGGCGCUGGGAAGCAUGUGCCACGGGCAGUUUUUGUUGAUUUAGAGCCGACUGUAGUCGAUGAGGUGCGGACUGGCACGUAUCGUCAAUUGUUCCAUCCUGAACAGUUAAUUACUGGAAAGGAAGACGCUGCCAACAAUUAUGCCCGUGGUCAUUACACCAUUGGCAAGGAAAUUGUCGAUAUUGUAUUGGAUCGAAUUCGUAAAUUGGCCGAUCAGUGUACAGGGCUUCAGGGAUUCUUGGUAUUCCACUCAUUUGGUGGAGGUACUGGCUCUGGUUUUACAUCGUUGCUUAUGGAGCGCCUCUCGGUUGAUUAUGGUAAAAAGUCUAAAUUGGAAUUUUCGAUUUAUCCAGCUCCGCAAGUAUCGACUGCUGUUGUUGAACCAUAUAAUUCAAUUUUGACUACUCAUACCACCCUGGAGCAUUCGGACUGCGCAUUUAUGGUUGACAAUGAGGCCAUCUACGACAUCUGUCGUCGCAAUUUGGACAUUGAGCGUCCCACCUACACGAACUUAAACCGCUUAAUUGGACAAAUAGUUUCCUCAAUAACCGCUUCGUUGCGCUUCGAUGGAGCACUCAAUGUGGAUCUAACUGAGUUUCAAACCAAUUUAGUGCCCUACCCACGCAUUCACUUCCCUCUCGCCACAUAUGCUCCCGUAAUUUCCGUUGAAAAAGCUUACCAUGAGCAAUUAACUGUCGCGGAAAUAACAAACGCUUGCUUCGAACCCGCCAACCAGAUGGUCAAGUGUGAUCCACGACAUGGAAAAUAUAUGGCUUGUUGCAUGCUCUAUCGUGGCGAUGUGGUACCCAAAGAUGUGAAUGCAGCCAUUGCCACAAUCAAGACAAAGCGCUCAAUUCAGUUUGUUGACUGGUGCCCAACUGGUUUCAAGGUAGGCAUUAACUAUCAGCCACCCACUGUAGUUCCCGGCGGUGAUUUGGCUAAAGUUCAACGUGCUGUAUGUAUGCUUUCAAAUACCACUGCAAUUGCUGAGGCUUGGGCUCGCUUAGACCAUAAAUUUGACCUAAUGUAUGCCAAGCGUGCAUUUGUCCAUUGGUAUGUGGGAGAAGGCAUGGAGGAAGGUGAGUUCUCUGAAGCUCGAGAGGAUUUGGCGGCACUUGAGAAGGAUUACGAGGAAGUAGGAAUAGACUCGAUAGGAGAAGUAGAGGAAGGUGACGAAUAUUAAUCAUUUAUUAACGCACAUGUUCUUUGAUGUUGUCAUCUACAAAAUAUUAUAUAAUUAAUGAUGUCAAUUUAAAAA